GCAGAUUCUCAUGAAAGUUUCCAAUAUGAACUGGUGAGUUCUUCGGUGCAACUUCGUGAAUAUGGCGGAAAUGGUCGAGGAAGCGCAGAUGUCUCCGCCUUCGAGUGUUCUAGGAAAAUUCCGAGCUCUUUGUCCAUCAUUUGAGAUCGACAGCGUGAAUGGACUGGAGGAUAGCGAAGACUCGAACGACUUGUUUGCGUCCGAUUCGGUAACCUUCAUGGAUGCAAGUUACGGGAGAACGACGAAUUCGAGCAACUCUGCGCUUUCCCCGUGCCAUUACGAAUCAUCGUCUGAUGGUUCUCCGGACAUCAAGGAAGAUAUCAAACCAUCAACAUCAUCUCUCCCUGAAGGUUGUGAUGCAGAUGCGAACCAAUCUGCUUCGUCCCGUGUUCCCGUGAAGUCUGAGCCGGAAAGACACGAUGAUAGCAAUGAAACUGAUUCUGGGAUUGCGUCAUAUGUGGUUGUCGAAUUCGCGGAGGAAAACGAUUCGGGGCUCACUCUAGCCACAAGCCCUCGUUUUGAGCAAUUCUCGAAUACUGAUGGGUUUAGACGGGAUACGAACAUUUUACGCACUGCGAUGCUCAGUGAAUCUGAGGGACAUCGAGAUAAUCCUCCCGAUGGUUGGAUUAUAGAGUCGGAAGUCUCACAGUCCCCGGUGAAUUCAACGCAGAAUCACGAAGAGAAUCGGUCUGAUUCUCCCAUGGUUGCUGUUUACAGAUUUCCGUUCCAUCGCGAAAGACGGAUUUCAACGAGCUCGAGUGACGAGGAGCGAUUGAUGGUUGUUCGUAGACGCGUACGCCGACGCAAGCGUAAAAUCCUUGACAGUCGCUCAAUGGUUGUUCAAGGAAGAGCUAAGCGUAGGCAACCAAAUGAUGGUCCUUCUGCUCCAGAUCUUCAAUUGGACUGUUUAUCUUCCUCAUCUACAGAUGAGGUUGAGUUUUCUGAACCUGAAGGAAGCAGCCGAGAAAGAUAUUUUCCAGGUGCUGCGGGUGCUGAAGCUGCGACAACUUCGAAUGCGGAUGAAGUGGUGGUGAUAAGUGACGACGAUGAUAAUGAUGUUAAAUUUCUUGGUACCGGUGUUGCCCCUGAAUCCUCCAGAAAUGAUUGUACGAAUGCAUCGCCGACUGUGGUGGAGCUGUCCAGUGGACCCGAUUCUGAUGUGGAAAUCUUGGAAGAAACACCUGCGGCGCCCUCUGUGUCGCAAAUUGAGAACAGAGCAACAGGGGAGUCGGAUUACGAGCCUCCCGUUGGAGAUAAUGUUACAUUCUCUAUCUAUGACGAGUUUGAUGAAUUCACUGCCCAAUUUCGAACUAUUCCCAUGAAUGCGAAUGAGCCUUCUAGCGCAAGAGUGACGAAUGCCAGGAAUGUGACUGAUGAUGUGUCUGGGGUGCUCGAGAGUGUACCAAUCAUUCAGUCAGAUCCUGCUGAUGCUAUGUUGCGGAGUAGGUUGGAAAGUCCCUUGAGAUUUGGAGCGCUGGACUUGGCCAAUGGACCUCAUCCGGAUUUGAUGAAUCCUGGACCAUCGAAUGUUGUUCGUGAUGUGGUUGUUGAUGCUGUGAUGGCUCCAAGUGGGGGGCAUGAAGAUCCAGAAAGAAUGUCCGUCAGUGUUGGUUGUCAAUUUAGAGUUGAAGCAUCCGUGCGAGCAAAUAUGGAUCCAAGACUUGCGGCGUCCUCAAGUUUCCAUUUUGAACCAGUACCUCCACCUGCGCCUCCGGUUCCUGUGCUGCCACCGCCUUCACAGCAGUUUACUCAACAGCCCGUGCAGUUUCAGUCUUCGUCCAUGUCUGGCCCUGCGUUGCAACGAAUGCCUCACACCAUGCUGGAGCUUUGCUUGUUACCUCAGCGCACCAUUCCAACAGUUGUUGCCAAUCCUGGAAUGGUCGUCAGAGAAAGAGAAGAUCAAGUAGCGCCAUCGACCAGCUCAUGUGGCGCACAGUCGACUGAGGGACCAGUUCCACCUGUGUCGGUCAAUAGUCCAUCCUCGGGAAGGCGGAUGCGAAUGUAUCAAAGGACGCGUCUUAUGCCUUUACAUCAAUCUACGAGAGUCAUGCCCACUUCUGAAGGUACCACGGAAGGUACCACCAACCCUGGAUUUGAAGUUCCGGUUGCGCAUGGACAGAGCAGCUUGCCGUUUGCCCACAGCAGUAGACCACCUUGGAGAUCAAGCCCUAGUUACAGGUCUUUCUUCAGACUCGGGAUCAAUGAAGGAUCAUCAACUUUAGUUCAGAACCCAUCAUCACGCACUGUUAUUGAAAGGGAAACUUCUCUUAGGCCACGGAAUUUGGCAAGAAUGGUUGAGGGAGAACAAGUGGAUCCUGCUCCGAUACGUAUCGUCAGCGAUGUCAGUGCUGCUCCCGUUGCUCCACCUCCACUGCCAACGCAACCGCCAAUACCUCACACGUUAUUCCGUCAUCACACAUCUUCGCGUGGAUUACCGAUGUUGACUUGGCGGGGCGUGAUCCGUCCUGGUCGGUCAGGCAUGUCGGACCCGAAUGCUGGCGUGCAGGACCUCACAUCACAGGCUGGCUCAAGCAUGGUAUCAACUUCUUCGCAUUCGUCUUCAUCGUCUUCGAGGCCCUUGGAGUCUUGGCAUCGGCCAGUCUUGCAAAUGUAUCCGACGCCGUCUUCUGCAAGCCAAUUUCCUCGCUCUACCAUGAGCGAUGCGCAGUACUUGUACUACCCGCCGACAUCAGACCAUGUGUUCCAUUUCCUGCGCAAUGGGCUUCAGAUGCCAUUCCUGCCGGGGUUGUCACCUAUACAACGCGGCGCUUCGGUGGAGCUCAUCGAAAAGAACUCUCAUCCACAUAGUUAUAAAAAGAUUACAAGGUCGAGAGAAGGUGACGAGGAAGAAGAUAAAUGCACGGUGUGCUUGAGUGAUUUUGAAGAAGGCGAGGACGUCCGGCGAUUGCCAUGCCUUCAUUUGUUCCACCGCAACUGCGUUGACCAAUGGCUUACGCAGAACAAGGCCUGUCCAAUUUGCAGGGCUAUGGACAAAUCUGGGAAAAGAAAACGCGAAGCAAAAGUUUCAAAGAUCGUUGAGCUGAAGGACUACAAGGUUGAUGAAAUACCGCCGCUGCUUCUGUCAUUCGAGCACGACCAUUCCUUGGAAGUUCCUGUGGAAACUGCCGAGUUCAGCGCCUCGAAAGCUUUGAUAAAUGUAGCCCCGAAGAGGAAAUCGGCUUUGCAUGAAGUUCCGGCUAAAAUCAAGCGGACGAUUACGUGUUCUAAUCGGGAUAAUCCUGGGAUAACGUAUACUGCGUCUGUGGGAGAUCCAACUUUCGAUGAACUUAAUGGAAUUGCAUAUGAAACCGAGAGAAGAUUCCUGGUAGUUCGAAACAAGACUACCGACACGGCAGAGUUGUAUGAGUUGCAAAAUUUUAAAAUGGCUGCCGAUCUGUGGAAACUCCCUGGAGUCGCUUCCAAGAUCGACGACGAUUCUGGUACAGAGAACAAACUUCAGCGUAUGGCCAAGUUGGAAGGAUUGACGGAGCUCACGGCCCUUGAUAAGCUUCGUUUGGAAUCCGAGCUUGCAGUCCAGGAAUUCGGUUCUAAACGAGCGAAGGCUGUGGUGAUGCAGAGGAAGCACGGUCGACAGAACAAAUUGGCCGACAGUGAUGUCCAGCAAAUGAUGGACCGGAUUGUUGAAGUUGGAGGAAAGACAGAAGAGGAGAAAACGGAACUGAUGACGGAAUACCUACAAGAUUUGUUCCCUCCCGCGAAUCGCGAAGCCACGGAUGUGACUGAGGUUUACAAAUGGGAAGAUGUAGUUGGAGAAGGCAUGCUGCAAAAAUUGGAAAAGUGUCUCCCGGAGGACUUUUUCGAGAACACCUUCACGACAAAAUCCGUUGCUGAAAUCGAGCACAGAUUCCGUGGGAUGAAGAAGCCACCAAAGAAGGGUACUUUCGAACGAAUGCUCGUUGCCAUCAAAGCCUGUGACAGUGUAAGGAAGACGGAGGAAGGUCUGAAGAAGCGGACGUCCAUGCUGUGUGCUUGUUUAUUUUUCGACGCCCUACUGUUCAUGCUGAAUGAGAAAAGCACCGCGUUGAAAAAGGUAGACAUGUGGCCCACCUGGUCCAAUCCCGAUGUACAACGCGAGCUGCUCAAGUUUUUCUGUGAAUUUUCUGUCGGGCAUAACCGCAGGAUGGGGCUGACUAAAACGGUAUCCGCCGAAACGAAAAUCCUGGCAUACCUUAUUGUGACUGAGUUCAUGAUGAAAAGUUAUACAUUUUCGCUUUCGGAUUUUUCGAAGGUUUCUGGAGUAACAAUCGAAAAAUUAACGUCCGUGGUUAAUGGCUGUGGAGGCCGAGUACGAUCUGGCGGUGCUCAAGCCGUUCUCAAACUUCCCUUGACGUCGCUGGCUGAAGCCGCGAGAAUGGGUCGAAGGCGAAAUAAAGCAAAUUAGAUUUGAAUGGCAAAA